AUGAAGCAAUACGCCCUCAUUUUCGGCUUCAGAGAGCCUUACCAAGUCCUGGUCGACGCGCAGAUGAUCCUUGACGCCUCUCGCUUCGCCAUGAAUCUCCCCGCCGCCCUCGAACGCACGUUUUCCAGUAAGACAAAACCCAUGAUAACACAAUGCUCCAUCCGCCACCUCUAUGCCCUUCCACCAUCCCACCCCUCGUACCCAGAUAAAGCCUCCCUCAUUACAGCCGCAAAGGCCAUGGAACGGCGCCGCUGUAACCACCAUACCCUUGAGCAGCCUCUUUCAGAAGAUGACUGCCUGAAGAGCGUGAUAGAUCCCAAGAGCGCGCAUACAGAUAAGAACCUUGUGAAUAAAUUCAACUAUGUGGUUGCGGUGCAAGAUGAGGGGCUCAGGCGAUGGUGCAGAGCUGUGAGGGGAACACCGAUUGUGUAUGUUAAGAGAAGUGUCAUGGUUAUGGAGCCGAUGAGUGAUUCGAGUGGGGGGGUGAAGGCGGGGAUGGAGAGGGAAAAGUUAAGGGGAGGGCUGAGAAGGAAGGAAGUACUGGGGAAAAGAAAACGAGAGGAGACGGGCGAGGGCGAGGGCAAGAGUAAGACAGAAGAGGGGGAAGAGCAAGAGAAAGAGAAUGAGGGUGAGGACACAGAUUUAAGGAAGAGGAAGAGGAAGGGGCCUAAAGGACCGAACCCAUUGAGCAUGAAGAAGGCGAAGGCGAAGACGGAAAGCGCGAAGGGGAUUGAUCAUCCUGUUGGGGACAGGGUCGAGCUAGCUAUGAAAGUCAAUGAUGAAGUUGUCGAUGGGGGAAGAGACACGGAAACGGAAACAUAG